UCGCUUCAUCCCAUCCUUCAUUAUAUCCACUAGCGUCUCGCGUGCCGACAAUCCAUCUGCUCACAAUUUGCAUCAUGACUACUGCUACCUUCUUAGGUCCUACCCCCUCGCUCCCUGCGAAGGUCGCCAAAGCUUUCGAAAUCGAGGCCGGGGUCGUUGCCGCGUACUAUCCCGGCUGGUACAAGGCCGCUGACUACUUCAGUUGGGCUGGUCCGUUCUUUGGCGCGUUGGAGGCAACAAGUCUCUUCCAGCCUUCGGCCUCCCGAACUGUCGAUGUUACCGCCGAGAAAACUAAGAACGCUUGGGUUCAGCUUCUCGCGUUUGGCGACGUUUUCGAGUUCUGCCACUCGCUCAUUGAUGACACUGCUUGGGAUCCUAUCGGCCUCGCCUCCUUGUUCAAGGUCCCAGUCCUCAAUCCCGCAAGCAUUGACCUCCUAGGCGACUCCGACGACUCCUUCGCUGAGCCGACCACUCCUACUGAGAAUGACUUCGAGCCUCUCUCUGCUCCACAGUUCCUCGAGGCUGUCAAGGCGCGUGCGAAGGCCGCGGACUGUUCUCUUGCAUGCGUCUCUCCCUCUUCACCGGCCACUACGAUAUUCAUCGACGGCGAGGUCAUCCCCGCUCUCACCGCGGAGGACCGUCAGCUCGCCUUUAAGCACCGUGUCCUCGCUCGCGCCGGCCUCUCUGCCUCUGCACCUACCUCCGUUCCCGCCUCUGACUCCCCCAGCAAGCCUCUCAAUGUCUCGGCGAGGCCCUUUAGGCCCUCGGCGGAGACGGCGGCGCUCGCAGUCUACAUGAGCAGGAACCCUGGCGACGCGAAGGCCGCGGCGAAGCUCUUCCAGAUGCGCAUGCGCGUCCAGGCGUGCGCGGGCUAG